AGAAUGAUUUCGGGCUUUAAUAUCUGCGUGUUUUGCUCUUGAGUCGAUAUGAUGUCAACAGAGGGCGCCUGGCAUUUUUACUGAUGAUAGCAUGCAUAUCAAGCUGCAUAUGAUUUGCAGCUUGGCAAUACCAUGAUUAUUGUGUUGAAUUUGCUUUUCACAUAAACUUUCGCAAAGAAUGUUGCAUUCCAACUGCACUUCAGCUUUUGUGUUCAAAAGUCUUUGGAGAGUCACUGCAGUUGUCUGCCAAUUUCCUAACAGCCAUGUCGUGGUGACAAUUGGACAUGCUGGAGUGGAGAUAGAGAUCCAGAUAUUGACAUGACAGACGUCAUUAUGCUAACUUUCCCAUGCAGUACUUUAUCAGCCAUCAGAGAGAUACAGAGAAUACAGAGCCACCAACAAAGAAGCCUCUAACAGAUGAAAACGUCACCGAAGAAAGUAAGGCAGUCUUUAAGAACUAUAAUCCAGCUGAUGACACAUUGAAGGAGAAGGUUUUACCCAAAGCAAGUCUACCAUCAGUUGAGGAGCACAUCAAGGACCAGUUAGAGGCAGCUAAGCCUGUUCCUGUAGUAGAGGAAGUUGACCUGGUUAACCUUGCCCCCAGAAAGCCUGACUGGGAUUUGAAAAGGGACAUUACCCCCAAAUUGGAAAAGCUUGAGAGGAGGACACAGAGAGCCAUAGCAGAACUUAUCAGAGAAAGAAUACAAUCUGGCAUGGCUUCAGAUCUCAUGACUGCAGUCAGUGCACAGCAACCACCCACAGAACCACGAGGAGAUGACUCAGAUGACGAUUAAACAACGAGGCUGUUCAUUGGUCAACUCGGCAACUGUGUGUGCAGGAAAGCCAAUGAGCUAGAGGCUUUCUUUGACUGUGAAAGUGUAUGUUUACUUGUUGGUGGAAAGCAGAGCCUCAUUUGCAUCUGGUAAGACAGUCAGAAGUCAAGUACAUUUGAGGUGAGACCAUUCUUCCAAUGUACAAAUUUACUGCAGUAACAUGGCUUCUUGAAGUACCAAACUGAAGCAAGCUCCAAACCUCUGCACCAAUUUGAACCACUGAAGACAGUACUUGGAGAGAACAAAUCCUGCAAAUAUCUAGGACGGGAUUGGUCUUUUAUAAGCUGUGUUCCUGUUGAAUGUUGAGAACUUAGACCUUGACCCUUUAAUGUCUUGAACAUGCAUUAUAAACUCUAAGUAUCUUAUAUCUGGAGAUGAACUGUGCACAGGGUCUACAGUACUGAGAACAGCAGGUUUUAAUGGUUUUUAUGGGAAUGUAGGCAAAUGAUGGAUAGAUAUGAUGUUGGAAUUAGGUCCAACCUCUUGACUCAUCAUGAUAACAUUACAUCCUGCAAACAAGCAGCCAUCGACGUAACUACUGGCACCUCAAGUAUUUUCUGACCUUAACCUUGACUGCCUAGGCUCUGUCACCAGGUUUCUACUGAUCCCACCCAAAUUUAACUGUCCACAGAAAACUAGUGGUACUUUUUAUAUACUUCCAACUGAUUGGAUCAUCACACAUACCCAUGCAGAGGGGCUAGGUCCUUCAGCCAUUCAUUGUCUAAACACUACAAACUAAGUCUUGAAUUUUGAUGAUUGUAGCUAAUGAAAGUUGUUGUCCGUUAUCAUCCAUAAGACGAAGGAAGAGCAAAGAAAGGCACAGCUUGAUUCUGUCGUACAUCAAAGGCAUUUUGGACCAAGAAAAUCUAAGCAAUGGACAAGCUUACACAGUAUGGUUUAAGGGUUUAGAAAAGUCUUCAUAAAAAAAAUCACCACAUUGUUUAGAAUCCACAGCACGCAUGAUAUAUUUAUUCAUUGUGGUUGUACUUUACACUUCUUUUUAACAAAAUAUUCCUUUUUCUCUCUGCUUUUUUCUUCACAUAAAAUUAUCAAACAAUAUUUCCGUAAAUAAAGCUCCCAACGCAUUUGUAUAUAGUGUA